GGGCGUCGCACGUGCUAGUUAUUUACAAACUCGUUCUCGGUGCGGUGCGGUCGUGUCGCGUGUCUGCUCUCCGUGAAAAGUUGUGAUUUUGUGAUUUUUCGUGAAAAUUCGCGUUGUUUCGAGUGCAAAACCGGUGGCCGUCCGUCUCCCGUCGCAAUGGAAGUGAACUGUGAUGGGAUUCGGCAAAGUUUGCGCCUUUUGCGGGAGAAUUUCGACUGCCAACAGGUUGAGCCAUUUUUAAGGUUAUCCAAAAUUGCUUCGCCGGAUUUGGACCGGUUGGUCGUGGUGCUGGGACAGCUGUUGGAGGAUCCGAAAUACACAGAUGCCAUUGCCGAUGGAUUUGGUAAUAUUUUGCUGCUGAUCGUCGCCAGCGCAUUUGGCGCUGAUGGAGAAUGCGAAGAUGAGAAAGAGGAGAAGAAGAAGGAAAGCAAUACAAAAACAGUGAAUCGCGAAGGUCACCGGCGAAAGUGCGUCGCGCUUUCAAAGUUGGUUCAUCGCUGUCCGGAUGUCUUGCGAUUCAGCAUUCAGUACUUCCGCCGCAAUCCGGCACCAUUCCUCACGGAGGAUACCGUGGACUACGUACCAACAUCCAAGCAGAAGAAACUGAACCGGGAAGCCGUAACGGAUUUGGAACUGGUGCGAUGUUGCUAUCGAUUCCUAGCAGCGGAUCCGAUCCACUUCCGCUCGGUGUGGAGUUGGUCGGAGUUCUUCCAGCAGUACGGCACUCGGAAGGGAUGCAGUCAGCAGCAGUUCUACUUCAACCGGAUACUGGCGCUGGUCAGCUGUAUGACGCAGAGUCAAAUCGGGACGCUGGACCGGGAGCUGCCACUAGAAGCGGUCGUGCGAGAACAGUUGGGAGACGUCGAGAAUGUGAGGCCGAAGGCUUCGCCAGUUGUUGGAGAAGAGACAAAGACUGGGGAGAAAGUGAGGUGGAAUUUCCGCAGCAACGUGGUGACGAACGUUGGCGAUGUGAUGCUGCCAAUAUUUGAUGCCGCAAAUUGCGAAUUCUUCCGCGCGCAGGAUAAGGAACCGGACGAUUUGGUUGUGGUGGACUCUACUCGGCUGAAUGUGAGAAGUUUGGCCCUCGGAGUUUCCUCCGGGAAAGCGGUUUGUCUUUCGGGACCGGUUGGAUGUGGAAAGACUUCGCUGGUGGAAUAUCUGGCGAGGAAGACCGGAAGAAUUGCGCCCAAGACACAGGAAGUGGAACGUCGCUUGAAAUCGGUUCUCAAGGAAAAGGGCAAAAAGCGCAAAUCAGGCAAGAUGGAAGCGGAAUUGGAUGUGGAUAUGCGAAAGCUGAAAAAGGAAGCACCCACAAAUGGCUUCCUCCGUAUCCAAUUGGGAGAUCAAACCGACAGUAAGAUGCUACUGGGUCAGUACAGAUGCACGGAUACCCCUGGAGAGUUCGUUUGGCAGCCGGGAGUUCUAACGCAGGCCGUUAUGAACGGUUACUGGCUGUUGCUGGAAGAUUUGGAUUCGGCAACGCAGGACGUGUGCACUGUGCUCACAAAUCUCCUGGAGAACAACUAUCUGAGCGUCCCUGGAUUCAGAGAUUGUCUACGGAUCGAACCGGGCUUCCAGCUGUUCCUGACGCUUCGGACGCAAAAAUCCGGAACAAGCUCGCAGCAUAACACGUACACCCUGUUGGAAAAGUACCUGUACACGGUAAACGUUCUACCUCUGUCCCGAUCGGAGCUGUGUUCGAUCAUUUGCACCAACUUCCCGAGACUGAAAACCGUCGCUAGCCGGAUAGUGGAUGUCUAUCUGACGUUUUCCAGCGGAUGCCAUUCGAUAGAGAGUGACGAGAUCAGCGAGAACGUUAGCAUCCUGGACGGGGAUCGCAAGGCCCCGAUGCAAGAAGUGGACGGAGAUGACGUUUUGCCAAGGUUCCAGUAUGACAACAUUUCGCUGAGCAACUUGCCAACGUCCGGCAGAUUGGUGUCGACUCGGGACUUGAUCAAGCUCUGCCGUAGAUCCGACCCAAGCUUUUCGGUAACCAGUACGGAGUGUGCCUAUUUUGUGUUCCAGAAUGCUGUGGACAUCUUUUGUUCACAUCUCCCGGCUGGCGAAGGCAAACGCAACUUGAUCGUCAGCAUAGGCGGUAAGAUCGGGAUCAAUAAAAGUCGGUGCGAUCACCUGUGCGAGGAUUACAAACCGGAUGUGAACGUUUCCGGUACCGAAGAGGUUAAGAUCGGGCGAGUUAACUUGAAUCGAAAUUUGGGAGGAACGCUGGAGGACGAAAAUGACGAGAACAUCCAAAGCUACACCCAUAAGAAGAUCAAGCUGGAUAAGAACGCUUCAACAACGGUGAAGACCCAGGACUUCAAGCUCCAGAACAAGGCUCCUACGUUUUCCUUCACGAGACCGGCUUCCUGUCUGCUGGAACGAAUCGCCGUCUCCGUAGCACAAAACGAACCUAUCCUGUUGGUCGGCGAAACCGGAGUCGGAAAAACCAGCUCCAUUCAAUAUCUGGCCUACCAGACGCACCACAAGCUGGUUGUGGUCAACAUGAACAAUCAGUCGGACGUUUCCGACUUGAUCGGAGGAUUCAAACCCGUCGAUUUGAGCUUCGUAAUCACCCCUCUCCGGUACGAGUUCGAGUUCCUUUUCAAUAAGACCUUCAACGCCCAAAAGAACGAAAAGUUCCUCACCAACGUCAGCAUCUGCUACAACCGCGCCGAAUACAACGUUCUGGUCAAGCUGAUGCUCAAGAUCGCUGAAAAGGCGAUCGUACGGAAGCAGGACGAGCAGCUCCGCCUGGAAAAGGUCUACGAAAAAUGGACAGUCCUGCAUCAGAAACUCCAGAAGUUGGACUCCCAACUGCGCAACUCGGUCAACGUUUCGUUCGCCUUCAUCCCCGGAUCGUUGGUCAACUGUAUCCGCAACGGCGAUUGGGUUUUGCUGGACGAGAUCAAUCUGGCAUCCACUGAAACCCUGGAAUGUCUAUCUACGAUCCUGGAACCGGACGGCUCGAUCAUUCUUCUGGAAAAGGGAGACUUUGUGCCGGUUAAACGCCACCCGGACUUCCGAAUUUUCUCCUGCAUGAACCCUAGCACCGACGUUGGCAAGAAGGAUCUCCCGGUGGGAAUCCGCAAUCGUUUCACGGAAUUCUUCGUCGACGAACUGGUGGCCGAAAACGAUCUGCUCAUCCUGGUGAACGACUACCUCAGCAGCACCGGUAUCCAAAAGGUCCGCAUCCUGAACACCGUAAAGCUCUACCGCCGGUUACGAUCCCUCUCUCAGCUGGAGCUAAACGAUGGCCUCGGUAACAAACCGGUCUUCUCGCUACGAACCCUCUGCCGCGCGCUGAGCAUCUGCUCCAAAAACCUAUGCGGCUCGAUCGAACGGAACCUCUACGAAAGCUUCUGCCUCAGCUUCCUCACCCAGUUGGACCUGAAAUCGCACAAAAUAGUCCUGACGUACAUUCAGAAAACGCUUCUCACCGACGUCCACCAGGCCAUCUCGCAGCAGAUCCCUCGGCCAUCGGAAGGCGAACAGCUCAACUUUGAAGGAUACUGGAUCGAGAAGGGUCCACGAGACGUCCAAGAAUGCGAAAGCUACAUCCUGACGGAAAGCGUCCGGAACAAUCUUCGCGAUCUGGCCCGAAUCAUUUCGAUCGGUAAACUUCCGGUGUUGCUGCAGGGCCCGACCUCAGCCGGUAAGACCAGUCUGAUCGAGUACAUUGCCAAACGCAGCGGAAACGUCUGCCUUCGGAUCAACAACCAUGAACACACAGAUCUGCAGGAGUACAUUGGAACGUACGUGGCCGACGUGACCGGUAAGCUGACGUUCAAGGAAGGCGUCCUGGUCGAAGCCAUGCGCAACGGUUUCUGGAUCAUCCUGGACGAACUGAACCUCGCUCCGAGCGAUAUCCUGGAAGCACUAAACCGAGUGCUCGACGAUAACCGAGAACUGUUCAUUCCGGAGACGCAGGUCGUCGUGAAAGCCCAUCCAAACUUCAUGCUGUUCGCCACCCAAAACCCUCCCGGAUUGUACGGUGGCCGCAAAAUGCUCUCUCGGGCGUUCAAGAACCGCUUCGUAGAGUUGCACUUCUCGGAAAUUCCACGGGACGAGCUGGAAGUCAUUCUGGAGAAACGAUGCCUCAUCCCAAAGUCCUACGCCCAGAAGAUGGUGAAGGUCAUGUCGGAACUGCAGCUGAAUCGCCGGAGUACGGCCAAGCAGAACUUCACGCUGCGCGAUCUGUUCCGAUGGGGCAACCGGUACACCUACGCCGAUAAAGCCCUGCUAGCGGACAACAGCUACGACUGGAAUCAGCACUUGAUCGACGAGGGCUAUCUGGUUCUGUCGUCAAAGGUGCGCAAUCUCUACGAAACCAAGAUCAUCGAGGAGGCACUCUACACCCAUUUUCGCAAGCGAGUCGCCGAGGAGAAUUUGUUCAGCCUGAAGAAGGGCACCUCCAUGGUCACCCGUGGAAUUCUGGAACAAAUGGAGAAGCAAACCGCCUACGAAAACAUUGUCUGGACCUUCGAUAUGCGACGGAUGGCAGUACUGACGGCCAAGGCCCUUGAAUUCAACGAACCGGUCCUUCUGGUUGGCCCUACCGGAUGCGGAAAAACUACCAUCUGUCAGAUCCUGGCCACCAUCCGGGGACGCAAUCUACGAAUCCUGAACUGUCACAUGCAUACGGAAGGUGCGGAUUUCCUGGGAGGUCUUAGACCUUUCCGCGAUUCGGACGACUCCGCAGAGAAAGAUACCAAACAGCAGCUGUUCGAGUGGUCGGAUGGUCCGCUGGUCCUAUCGAUGGCCGAAGGUGGUUUCUUCCUGGCGGAUGAAAUUUCCCUAGCGGAGGACUCUGUCCUGGAGCGACUCAACUGUGUGCUGGAACCGGAACGGACGCUGCUUCUGGCGGAAAAAGGAGGAGUCACAGCGGAUGCCUCCGAGUUUGUCAUCACGGCAGCCGAUGGUUUCCAAUUCCUAGCCACUAUGAACCCCGGAGGAGACUUCGGCAAGAAGGAAUUGUCCCCGGCGUUGAGAAACCGGCUGACGGAGAUCUGGUGCCGAGCAACCGAUUCCAAAGAGGAUCUCAUCCGCAUCGCCGAACACAUGCUGCACAAGGGAAUGCCGGACAGUGAAAUCGAUCCUCGUCAGGUGGCCGAAGUGAUCAUCAGCGUCGUGUUCGUUCUGAAGAAUAAGGUCGACAAGCUGAACUUCAGCAUCCGAGAUGUGCUCGCCUGGGUUGGCUACCUGUGCAAGAAUCAGCACAACCUUUCACUCGCCGAAUCGCUGAUCUACGGAUUGGAGACCGUCUUCUUGGAUUCGCUGGAAAUGUUACCGUACGAGACCUUUGAAGAGAUCCUCGCUCUGCGCAAGGAGAUCCUCUCGAUUCUGCACCUCCUGAUCAAACAGCAUCUGAUGAUCAAGCAGUUCGAGCUCAAACGAGGAUCAGAGGUCGAAUCUGGCGACACUACAUUCGGUAUCACCCCGUUCUUCAUCGACCUUAACCCCGAUCAGCGUGAUCGCAAGACGGAAUUCCUGUUCAGUGCGCCAACCACACAGAAGAACCUGUUCCGAUUGCUAUCAGCCCUCAGCCUAGACAAAGCGAUCCUCCUGGAAGGACCUCCGGGAGUUGGUAAAACUUCGUUGGUGGAAAACCUGGCCCGCGCUGCCGGAUUUGCCAUCGUUCGGAUCAACCUGUGCGAGCAUACCGACCUAGCAGACUUGUUUGGAACAGAUCUACCGACUGACGAUCAUUCCCUGGAGAUCGCCGAAGAAGACGAUCAUCAAACGCAGAGAGUUUCCAAGCUGGGGUCGUUCGUGUGGCGUGAUGGACCGCUGCUAGCAGCACUGAAAGCGAAAAAUACCUGGAUUCUGCUGGAUGAACUGAACUUGGCCCCGCAGAGCGUACUGGAAGGUUUGAACGCGAUCCUCGAUCACCGUGGCGAGGUGUUCAUAGCUGAACUGAAUAAAACCUUCAAGCUGGGGAAGAAGACGCGCAUCUUCGCUGCGCAGAACCCCCUGAGACAGGGUGGUGGCAGGAAGGGUCUACCCCAGUCGUUCCUGAAUCGCUUUACCAAGGUCUAUUUGAGGAAAUUGGAACAGGGCGAUCUACUGCACGUUGUCGACGGAAAGUACAAGGAGAAAUUCCGGAACAUCGGAGAAGAGCUGAUCAACGAUCUGGGAAGACAAUCAGGGGAUGAUGCAAGUUUCUUUGAAGUGCUGAAGGUGUCCGAGGAUCAGACAAUCGGAUUUGAUCUAUCUCAAAAGAUGGUUGUCUUUUCCGAAACGCUGGAGACUGGAAUUGCCAAUUUGGAGUUUGGCUACAAGGGAGGUCCCUUCGAAGCAAAUCUUCGGGAUAUUCUUCGGUGGUGUGAGCUGUUCUGCAGCAGCGAAACUGGAUUCUUCCGAAAGAAGUUCUCGACGAGAGAAGACUGCUACCACAACUUUUUGUUGGUAUUGUUCGAGAAAAUGAAGCUGGUAUACUACCAAAGGAUGCGAACCGACGUUGACAAGAACUACAUCCUGUCUGCAUUCUCGCGGGUGUUUGGGUGCGACGCGUUCCAGUUGGAGCGGCAAUCCGAGGACAUCGGAGUCUACUGGACCGAUAAUAAGCUUUUCCUGGGUGACUUGACGGUGGAGAAGAUCAACCGAUCGGACGAAAUGAAUCCCUUGGCGUCCAAAACGCAGAAAAACUUCCCGUUGCUCUUGGCGAGUCAGGUGGAAACGUUGAAGAAUGUAGCGGAGUGUGUCCAGCUGGAGAAGCCGGUGAUUCUGUGCGGUCCGAGCGAUUGCGGCAAGACCAAAAUCAUAAAUCUGUUGACGACCCUGGGUAACAAGUUCUGCAACGUGGAUACGAUCGACGAUUCGGUGACCGGUAGCUUCCAGCAGUUUGACUUCAACCGGCACCUGGAGGAGGUUUCAUCCAACGUGGAAGCGGUGGUAAUGGACACGGCGAAGGACGCUGCCCUGAGUGGAACCUCGGACGGCAGGAGCAGUGUGGUGCAGUUGUUGGCCAUUUGGGAGAAGUACUCUCGCUUGAACGAUGGAAAAAUGGCAUUCACCGCACAAAACGUCCAAUCGGAUGAGUUGGUCCUGUUCCGAAAACGCCUCACCGCUCUACAGGAUGUCAUUGCACUACUCGCGGCCCAAAAAUCUACAAACCUAGAUCAUGCCCACCUGGGAUCUAUGGGUUCCGUUCUGCAGGUCCUGUUCAACAUAUCCAAACACGCCGAAACGCUCAAUACCGGCGGCCACUUCGAGUGGGUCGACUCCAAGAUCGUCAAAUCUCUCAAACAUGGUCAGUACAUUUGCCUAGAACACGUCAACCUGUGUUCGUCUGCCAUUCUAGAUCGGCUGAACCCCAUCUUCGAACCGGACGGAAGUCUGCUUAUUUCGGAAAAGGGUGUCGACGGCAACAACGAGUCAGAGUUGAUCCGCAAACAUGCCAACUUCCGAGCCUUUUUGACGCUGGACCCCAAGAAUGGGGAGAUAUCUCGGGCUAUGCGUAAUCGUUGCAUCGAGCUGGCCAUUCACAAGGAAGCCUACGGAGAUGAUGACCUGAAGCGGUUGGCCUUCGAGAGCGGAGUACGCCACAACUGGCUUAUCAACGUGAUCUUGGAUAUUCACAAGGCCGUCAAGAAAAUAUCAGAGUUCAACCAAUUCGGCAUCGCCCACAUCGUGAAGUUCGCUUACCUGGUUGCCCAGAAUCAGAGGAUGGGAAUGACAGAACAGAAAUGCCUCAUGAUCAGUGCGCUAGAGGUCUACGUACGAUCGUCGAAUACGGAUCUCCUCGGAUACGGUUUGGACUUCUACCGGAACGCUCUAAAAGAUGCGAUCAAAGAGGAAAUCAAAAAGUCUGUCGUAACUCCGAACUUGGUCAACUACGAGAACAUUCUGCUGAGAUCCAAUGAACUCACGAGUCUUAAACUGAUCAAGCUCCAGGCGGAGCCUUUACUCUGCAUUUUGAGGUGCCAUCUAAACGGAUUCGUUGAAGUGCCAGCGGCUCUAGCGGACAUUGCUGCUGCCUUCCGAGAUCAGUCGGACAUGAACUUGGACAACUUGAAGUAUCUGUUCUACUUCCUGUACGAAGCAUCCAGUUUCAAGGACGCAAAUUGUCGCAAAAUUUUCCUUGGCGAAUCGCUGAGGGCACUCCAAAACGUCAAGAAAGUAGAACCUAAAACGGAAGUGUCAUCCAUGGCAAACAGCGACAUUACCAUCGACGUAGAUGUUCAAGGUGAUACCACUCAAUGGAAGGCCAGCCCUCAAGGCCUCUCCGAAUAUCGUGAUCUACAGCAUACCAAGAAAGAAAGAGUGGAGUUCGAGACCAUUCGCUCCACCUCGGUAAAUGACGUGUUGCAACAGCUGAUCGAUCUGAACGAAACACUGUAUGUCGCCGUCAGCAAGUUUGGUACAGGAGAUCAGCUUCCUUGGAAUCGAUCGCUGCUACCGAGAAUUCGAGAGUACCUGGAGGAUUCCACCGUCACGCAGUACCAGCUCAGUGCAACACUGUUGCUGAAUACCACCCUUGAAGCGAUUAAGGUCGCCAAUGCCACCAAAUUGAGCAAGAUCGACAUCUUGUCCUACUCGAAAGCAGUUUCCACGAAGAUCAUCAACGAUACGAUUGGUAACACGCUGAUUGCGCAAUUGUACGACUUCUUGAGCAACUUCAAGCCACUUAUGGAGGAAGCCCUGAGAGACGUCGUCCUUGAUCAGAACACAUACGCCAAGCUGAUCGGAUCAUACCUGUGGAUCAACCGGUUGAUCGAUCUCUCCUGCCGGAAGCUCUUUAUCAAUAAAGAGAUCGACACGAGUCUUGUGGACUACGUUACCUUACACUUCCAGUGGAUCCAGAAACAUUGCCUGUCUCUGUUGGAUGACCAAAACUGCAGCCCGUUCAGAGCUCUGAACGAUUCCUUGCAAGAGUCUAUGCAAAGCUCGACACAUCCACUAGCUUCGCAUCGGAAGCUGUACGCCAAAUCAUUCCUGUGCAGCCUACCUUUCUACACUGAAGAGCAAGUGGUUCACUACCAACGCAUGGUGGAGUUCAACGAAGGUCUUCGACUGUCUCCACGUUUGACCCGAUUGUAUCACUACGAAGAGUUCCUGCAAAAGGUGGCACUGCUGAAUCAUCCAAAAACGAUUGAUCUGAGACGGUCACUGCUUGCAAAUUCCAGUCAAUUAUUAUCCCUGGAUAUUGAUCAACGAGAGGCUGAGGUCACUAUCGAUCACGCUGAAUAUCACCAGCUGAUGGAACUGAUUCGACAGUUCCAAGAAAAACUCAACGAGGAUUCGACAGAACAGUUGAUCGCUGGAACCAAUCAACUGAACGAUUACCGAAAGUUUGUAGCUGCUUUCGAAGCCCCGGAGGAAUACAGCCAUAAAUUCCAAGUUGAAAUGAUGCCACUGUACGAGUAUUUCCUGUUGAAGUCCUUAGGCCGCGACGUGGAAGUCAACUACGAUUACGUGGCAAGCGUUCGUUCCUUGAGUCUAGAUUCGCUUCGUUUGCUCCAACUUCAGGGUAGUCAACAGCAUAACGCAGUUCUCCAAAUGAAUGGCCUAAUCGAUUGCUUGAUCGAGUCAGGAGUCGAGCUAAAAGAUCUCCUACGAGCCCUACCAGCGAGUUUCUACAAAAACAUAACAACCUAUCUUAACCGCUUCUACCGAUUCAGUUAUGACUUCCAGCUGAAUUCGUUGGCUAUCAACCACGUAGUCUGCUACCAGAACGACACGGAAGCGAGCUAUGAGGCACAUCUGGAGCAAAUGUCCAAUCAAACGCUCCAUGGACCGGUGCUGACCAAUAAUUGUUUGUCUGUUUUGCUGGGCAGUAACGGAGAACUACGCUCGACUGGUCUGGGAGAACUACCGGAAUGGAGAAAGACGCUGAAAACUUUACGCGAUACUGUCUGGACCAACUCGGCUGUUCUGAGCAGAGACUACGAUCAACACUCUGUUGGAUUAGAAAGAGCAGUUCGGCAAGCCAGAAAGCUACUCGUGGAGUACGAAUGUGUUCAAAAAUGGCGCCAAGAGGGACAGCAAAACGUUGAUAACGAAAAGUUUGUCCAAGAUUUCGAAUCGUUAGUUGAGCAACUGAAGAAUCGAGUACAGCAGAGUACGGAGCUACGAUCAAGUUCAAGCAACGAAGAUCUUCGCUCCAGUGUAAACAGAAAUUUGCAGUGGCACUUGAGCUCUGCUUUGAACUCACUGCGGGGAGCGAUAGAGCUGAACCUCCUUGUUUUCCUACCACUUCUCGAUCCUGUGGAGAAGAAUGCCCUGAAGAAAACGUACACCGAUGAAGACAUUCAGCACUACAAAACGCUGAUCCAAGUGUACGACUACAUGGCGAUCACCAUGAACUACCGUCGUCUCGGUGAAGGCACGAAGCAGGUGCUUAUCAACCACCUCCAUUCCCUGGAAGAUAAGCGUAAUAAACUCUAUCGAAAGGUCGCACUACGACCCUCGGAUAACAUCUACAGCGAUCUGGUCAAAGACGUCAACAACUUCCUGAUCUCCUGUUGCUAUCCAGGAACGAUCGCCGAGCUGUUGAACACUGCCUCACAGUGUCUGGACUUCGAAGUGGAUACCAAGAACCCGAUCAAGAACUGCACCCACACCAAAGACUUCCAGCUGCGAGUCAACGAAACAAUCAAGCAAAUCGAGCUGUGGAUCAUCAUCGCCGACAAGUUUGAACACCACACGCUGAAACGUUACCAAGCCUACUAUCGUGACUUUUUGGAGCCGCUAAGCUGCUCGAUCGCCACCCUAAAGUACGGGCUGACCGGCUUGAAGCACUGUUUGAUCAUCAAGCGAGACUCGAUCGCGGUCAAGACCAACGGCGUGUUCUACGAUUUGGCGGAAAAGGAUGCCUUGACGAAGAUCAUCGAAAAGUUUGUGCAGUUCCCUGUGGUGAAGUCCAUUGAGCUGUUCGACGAGGAGGCUAGCGGACAUAAGGUGAACGUCUACUCCAUUCUGGAGAAGAUCGAUCAUAGCGAGAGUGGGUACUUCCGGCUGUUGAAGUCCAAACUACAGGAAGUAAAGAAUGCCAUCACUCUACGUGGAGCUAUUGGAGCCGAAGAAUUCGUGGACCUGGAUAAGAUCGUGAACGUUUGCAACCAAGUUUGGCAAAAGCAGGAACACCUGAGGCGGAAAAAGCAAGCCGAAGAUGACAGCUUGUACCAAACGAAGAGUCAUUGCGAGGAAGAAGAUGAGGAGGUGAUCGCGCAGCGAGAAAUUGUCGACUUGUUCCCGAAUUAUGUGGACGAAGAUUUUGCGGAUUUCAUCCAAAAUGACACAUUGGAACAGGUCAUCAAGAAGGACACCGUGAAAAAGAGCAAAAAGUUAACGGAAACUAUUUCCGGAGAUGACUACACGCUGAUCUGUGAAAGCUUCAUCUACCUGAUGAACAAGUUCUCAAAGUCGUAUUAUUACAAUCCGGAGACAAUUGCAGACCUUCCGGAGACGAUUGCGCCCGAUUUCAUAAGUCCCUUCCAGACGAAGAUCGCGAUCGUACAGCAGGUGUUGCACAAGUACAGCACUGCCCUAAACAGUAAGCUGGACGAAAGCUUCUAUCCCGGUCUAAGUUUCCUCGUUGGAUUGGCCCAGGACAAGUAUGAGGACAUUGAUUUGAAACGAUCUAUCGCCAGCAAGUACAACUUCUACAAGGAUUCCAACAUCGGAGAAGUUGUGCAAUGCGUUGAGGUGCUCAAAAAGAUAGAAGAUCGUGUUCAAAAACUAUUGCAAGAGUGGCCAGAUCACGCCGUUCUGAAGGACAUAAUACUGAUCUUGAACCGAAUCUAUUUGCUCCCUUCGACGGCUCCGAUCGUUCGAUUCAGCACGGGACUACAACUGUUGCGGCAGAAAAUCGACGAAUGGAACAGCGUGGCUCAUCGGUUGAACAAUCUACGCGAACUGGAAGCAGACAUCGUGGAGUUUGUUCAUCGGUGGAUGCGGAUGGAGCUGCAAUACUGGAGGGAGUGUAUGAGCCAAACCCACGACAACGUCAGAUCCAAGGCCUACCGCUACUGGUUCUUCAUGUACAACCUCCUGCAUGAAUAUCUCCAGAGUGAUUCGAAAGCCAAGUUAGGAAACUUACUGGACUACAGAAAGGUAGAACGUUGCUUCGGAGAACAGGAACUUUUGGAAGACGAGGAAGUUGAGGAAGGAACAGUCAAAAUUGAUGACCUGAUCCACGUUCUGAAGCAAUUCAUGGAAUCGUCCAACUAUGCUGAGUAUACCACUCGUCUACGCAUCUUGAAGUCCUUCGAGCAGUAUCUGAUGUACUUGAACUACGAAGACAAUCGUAAGAAGGAAACAAUUAUUGCUGUACUACACAAUCUACACAUGUACUACGAUCAGUUCUCAAACGAAAUAGAAGAGUUCAUCAAAACAAAACGUGCUCCUAUUGAAAAGAAGUUGAAGGACUUUGUCAAGAUCGAAUCGUUCAACAAAGAUCUUUCGUACUUCAGUAUGCGCAACAACAUCGCAAGAGUUCAUCGACAGCUGCACAAGUUCCUGAAAGAGUUCGAAACCGAGAUCCGAGCCAAAAUACUCCCCGUAUUCACUCCGAAAGAUCCAGCUGCGGAAAUCAACGACGCUGAAGCACAAAAGGGCAAACAUCUUCGCUCUGAAGCCAAGAUCACCUACUACAUGGUAGACGUGAAGAAUUUCAUGGCAUCGCUCAAACUGAAGGAUAAGUUCUCAAUUGCCAACCUUACAGAGGACGCCUCUCCGAAUCAGGAACUGCUGGCUAAGAUAGAUCGGUUCUUCGUUACCUCGCGUACCGUAGUGAAGGAAGCGAUUCUUCAUGCACCGUUCCCGGGACUGAUCUACAACCUGGAUACCUUCAUGCACGAUCAGAUAGAAUCGGUGGAGUAUCUUCGAGGUCUGGAAGUUGAUCGUAGUCAAACUCGUCCCAAGCAGAAAUCCCAAGCCAAGCAAAUCCUGAAUCAGAAGCGGAAAGCGUUGUCCGACUUCUACAAGAGUUUAACGCAGUUGGGGUUGAGUUUCCGCAGUGGAUUGGUUGAGAAUGCGAUCGAGUCCGACCCGGUAGAGGUAGCGAUCAAACCGUUCUCAGCCGAACUGCUCGCGCAUAACAGCAAAUACCGAAAAGUGGAUCAGCAUAUCGUGUUCCUGAGCGAUAAGCUCAAUCUGUACUACGCAAAGUGUGUGUUCAAGAUCAAGAUGCUGAUGAAGGUGCUGCUGCAGCCAAAUCCGGAUAUCGGGAAGAUCAACCUCGAAAGAAUCAAAGGAUUUGCGAUUGACUUGUUCCUGACUGUUCAGGAUCAACGCAAAGAGCUGGGAAAAUCUGUUGCCAGUGUAUACGAACUGAGGGAUCGCAUUCAGGACCUCACGCAGCUCAGCGGUUGUCUUGAUUCGAAGAAUCGCGAUUUUGAUUUCGUAGCGAUCAGACAUAAGAUCAGCCACAUGCGAAACUGUACCAUCAAGGUCAGAAGCGUACUGGAGCAAUUCUUGUUGCUUCUUAGUUGUGCUCCAGCUGACGUUCAAGAUGAGCUUAAGAUGUUGAAGAAUACACAGGAACUGACUCAUAGGACGUUGGAGCCAGUUGUAAAAGAAGCUCGGGAUGGCCUGAAGCAGGCUACAGGACUUGGAGAAGAAUUGAAGAAGUGUGACGAGAACUACUUGACAGGAGAUUCCAUGAAAGCUUUGGACGAUCAAUUCAGCUGCAUGACCAAUACGCUGGAGAAGUUGUGCGAAAGCCUUAAGAUUCGUAACUCUGACGAACAUUCAGUGUAUGCUCAACCGAUAGUAGGAGUUUUGAAACUUGUUAAAGGCGCUGUUACUGCAGAAGAUCACCAUGUGGCUGAAGAUAAUACAGAUGAGGAAAGUCUCAACAACGAGUUGGAAAAUAUUAUCCACUCAAUUUUGAUCGCAAUGCAGCACAUCUACAAAAAGUAUUCCACCGCAACUCCGUCAGAAGUAUCGGAGCCUCAAAAGACCAACGGAGACAGUGACGAACUCGCAGAUCAUGAUUCGGAAUCGGAACUUCAACCGCUACAUUUGAAGGAAAAGAUUAACGUUGAUCUGCUGCAAGAUUUGCAAACUUUGAGCAUUCGAAAGAUUGUUGGAAAAAUUUCCAAUCUGCUCCUAAUGUUGGAAAGCACAAACUACUCCGCACCACAGUUUGUAUUUAUGGCGCAGAAGGUUACUCGACUUGUACCAAUUCUGGAGCAGUUCAAUCUACUGGUUGAGUAUUAUUUGAUUCAACAGCUUGGAGCGCAUAAAAUCAGCACAAAGAUGCUAUCGGUAAUGCUGACGGUGUUCAUUGAACUCGGUACUAAGGGCUUCUGUGUUCCGAAAGAUCUUCUGGAAGACGAGCAGGAAGCAGGAGGGGAGCAGCAAGAAGGAAACGAGCAAGGAGAAAAAUUUGGAUUCGAGGAUGGAGAAGGUGAAAAAGAUGUAUCUAACAAGAUCGAGAGCGAAGACCAACUGGAUGAUGCAAAGAAACCCGGACAGGAUGACAAGAAUGACGAGGAAGAAGAGAAGGAUAAUAAGGAAGAGAAAGGUAUCGAUAUGAGCGAAGAUUUCGAUUCGAAGCUGCAGGAUGUGGAAAAACCGGAAGGCGAAGAUUCGGAAGAAGAAAAGGACGACGAAGAAGACGCGGAUAAGCAGAUGGGAGAAACCGAAGAAGGUGCAGAAAAGCUCGACGAUCAAAUUUGGGGCGACGAUGAGGAGAAAGAGGAAGAAGAAAAGGAAGAAGACAUGGAAGAGGAAGAUGGAAAAGGAUCUGGUGAAGCGGACGAUCAGCACAACAAUUUGGAUUCCGAAAAGGAUAAGGCACCUGGAGAAGAAGAAGAAGGUUUGGAUGCGGUAGAUAAAGGAACGGACGAUAAGAAAAAGGAGAAACCCAAGGAUAUUGAAGAUAUGGAAAAUCAGGAAGGAGAUGAGGAACAAGAGAAUCCACACCACAAUGAGCUCGAGGAACCGCCUCAACCAGACGAUAUGGAUAUCGAUGAAGAGUUCAAUCUAGACAACGAUAACAGACCGGACAAUCAGAAGGAUGAAGAAGAUAAUCAGGAGAAUCCAUUCGACAUCGACAACAUGAAAGACAAGGGAGAGGAGAAAGAUGAAGAAGAAACAGAAGCUAAAGAUGAUGACAAGAAGGAAACCGAGACAGACGAAAAGAGUGAAGACUCGUCGGAUGAGGAACAAGAACAGGAAAAUCCGGCAGGAGCCGACAAGCUCGACGACAAUCAAGAGAAUCCAGAAGGAGAGGAAGAGCAAGAGAAGCAAGACGAUGAAGUUCAACAGAUUCCGGAAGAAAACCAAGACGAGCAAAAAUCGGAACAAGAAGAGCCACAACCAGAGGAGGGAGAAGAUCAAAAGAAGAAAAAGGACGAAAACCAUCACGAAUCCAAGGACAAACGCUCGGAAGAGGAACGCAUUGAAGCGAUGCCCGACACGGAAAAUAAGGGCACUAGUGAUCAAGUGGCAAACGAAAAACCGGAGUCAAAACAGGAAAACGAAAUGGACGAACAGGACACCGGAGAAGAUAAGGAUGGCGUUGGACAAGCAGAAAACGAAAAGUCUGAGAGUGGCCAUCAAGGAAUAGCCGAUUCGAAGGAAACUCGAACGAAACGUGACAAGAAUGAGCAGAAACAGCAACAAGAAAAACGACGACAGGGCAAUACCGAUGAAGACCGAACAUUGGGUGAUCCGGAUAAGGCCGAGAAGAAGCGCUUGAAGACGGUCGAUGAGAUAAACAGAGAAGAUCGAGCAAACAAGGAAGAUGAAGUUGAGGAGGACAUCGAAAAAGAAGAUGAGUCGGAAGAAUAUCAGCACGUGAAGGAUGCUAAGAAAUCAGACAAAACAACGCUUGAUAAUGCAACUGAAGAACAGUCUAAGAAGAUCCAACAUCAAGAAAAUACCGAGGAGGAUGAUAAGCCUGAUGAUGAUCAAGAAGGCACGGAUGAGCUGAUGGACGUUGAUGAACAGGCUGAAGAACUUGAAGAGACUGAUAAACAAUUGUUGGAAAGUGAGAAGAAUGAAAAGAAGAAGGAUAAACCAGCUAAAAAGGAUGAGAAUCAACGAGAAAAGGUCGAGGCUUUGGAAAAUGUUGAAGUUGAAGGAGAGACUGUCGAAACAGCUGGAGUGCCAAGAGGGCAAGACACUACGGCACAUACGAUCAUGGACAUUUUGAACGAUAUGACCGUUCCGGAGGAACCUACCACGGCGGAAACGUUGGAGCUACGAAAGAUGGUCGAGAAAGAGAGUCUGGCCGUGAAUGCGGCUCAACCGGACCACGAAGACUGCGAUCAAUGGCAGCAGAUUUCAAACAAGAUGCUUCCGAAUGCUCGCGAACUGUGCGAACAGCUCCGGUUGAUUUUGGAACCCACGAAGUGUACGCGACUUAAGGGCGAUUACCGGACGGGUCGCCGAAUCAACAUGAAAAAGAUCAUUCCGUAUAUUGCGUCGCAAUUCCGCAAGGACAAGAUCUGGCUCCGGCGGACGAAAGCGGCACAGCGUGACUACAAGAUCACGAUCGCUGUGGAUGAUUCCAAGUCGAUGGAUCAUAACAACUCCAAGGAUUUAACGUUACAAGCCAUCUCGUUGGUUUCGCAGGCCUUGACGCUGCUGGAAAGUGGCCGCCUGAAUGUGAUGUCGUUUGGGGAGGCGCCGAAAAUUUUGCUGAAGCACUCUGAUCAGUUCGACGGAGCCAAGUUGAUCAACUCGUUGAACUUUGAGCAGAACCAAAGCCGGAUUGCAGAACUGCUGGACUUUGUGAGGACGUUCAACGCGGAGGACACAUCUUCGUCCGAUAACGGGAUAUUCGAGAAUUUGCUGUUGGUGUUGAGUGACGGCCGCAACAUCUUCAGCGAGGGCGAAAAGAAGGUUAAGAACUCGGUGAAGUUGGCUCGCUUGCAGAGGAUAUUCAUCGUUUAUGUGAUCAUUGAUAACCCGGAGAACAAGCACUCCAUUAUGGACAUCCGUGUGCCGUUAUUCACGGCGGAUCGGAACCAAAUCGUGAUGCAGUCCUACCUGGAUGUGUUCCCAUUCCCGUACUAUGUGAUUGUGCGCGACUUGGGCCAGUUGCCGCUAGUCCUGAGCGAUGCCAUGCGGCAGUGGUUCGAACUAGUCAACAGCGAGCAGUAAGGGUAAGAUCUAUUUGACAAUUACGUAUUGUCAUGUCUUUAAUGUUGUUGCAUUUUUGCAUUGUUUCUUGUUGAUUGCAGAACAAUUAAAUUUCCCUUGUAAAUAAAAUUUACAUAUAAGUUUUUCUCGGAGCAGAACAUUGUAUAGUUCAGGAGCUUCCUCUAUAUGUAGCUGAUAAAGAUAUUUCAUAAAAUAAAACAAUAGUUAGUAUCUAAAACAAA